GUAAACGCUUCUCCUGUUAGCAUGGCGCUAAUGAACCGUAGUGUGGCCAGUUGUACAUCCUAAAACAUUAUUAUUUUUCCUAAAAUGAACCAUUUGUAUAUAUAAAUCACACGUAGGAGGUUAAAGAAAGACCGAAUUAUUUUAAGAUGGCAUCAGGAGAUCAGUCAAAGGGUGGCACGGCCUCUCAGUAUUUAAGCACUGAUCAGGAUGCAGCUUUGGACAUGACCACCAGUGAAAAGGUAGUGGAACUGCUAAACCAGGCUUCCCUCAUUUCCACAGAAGAAAAACUUGUCAUUCUCAAACAGGUGCAAGAGUUGAUUAUCAACAAAGACCCUUCAUUGCUUGAUAACUUUCUGGAUGAAAUCAUCGCAUUUCAGACAGACAAAUCAAUUGAAGUGCGAAAGUUUGUUAUCGGCUUCAUUGAGGAGGCAUGUAAAAGGGAUAAUGAGCUUCUUCAUCGGCUUAUUGCUAAUUUGAAUAUGCUAAUGAGAGACGAGAGUGUCAAUGUGGUGAAAAAAGCCAUUCUGACGCUCACUCAUCUGUAUAAAGUGGCUUUACAGUGCCUGGUCCGCACCAAGAGUGUCUCGGACAUGCAGGAGGCAUGCUGGGAUAUGGUCACCCAGAUGAAAGACGAUGUUUUGGCGUUGCUGGAUUCGGAUAACGAUGGAGUCCGCACUCACGCCAUCAAAUUCACAGAGUCCCUCAUUAUCACUCUGUCGCCACGGACACCUGACUCCGAUACCCCAAAGAAACACGAGGGGGACAUCAGCCUGGACAAAAUCCCCAAAGAUCACACGUAUAUUCGCUAUGACACCUUAAGUGAGGAGGGGAAAUUUGCUCUCGAGCAGCUGCUGAAGUUUAUGGUUCAUCCUGCCAUCUCCAGCAUUAAUCUGACAACUGCGCUGGGAUCACUAGCCACGUUGGCCAGACAACGGCCCAUGUUCAUGUCUAAGGUGGCACAGGCCUAUGAAACAUUACAUGCUAACCUGCCCCCAACUUUGGCCAAGUCUCAGGUGAGUAGCGUGCGCAAGAACCUGAAGCUGCACCUUGUCUCGGUGCUGAAGCAUCCCAGCAGUGUGGACUUCCAUGGCCAGAUUUCCACCCUGCUGCUGGAUCUUGGCAUGUCUCAGAACGAGAUCACACGCUGCACCCCUGCCACAGCACAGCCACGGAAAAGACUUCAGCAUGAGCCCUUUGUAGAGGGCAAGAGGAUCAAGAUGGAAACUGCUCUAGCGGAAGAUGAUGAGGAUAAGGAGGAACCAGCUCCAGUCAUCACCCCAAAACCCUCCUCCUCCGUCGGCACCCAAUCAUCUAUUGAUCUCACUGCAGAGUACCUGUUACCCCUCCUGUCCCCAGAGAAUGUUGCCAACCUGGUACUCAUUAGUAUGGUUUACCUGCCCGAGGUGAUGCCAGCCUCCUUCCAGGCCACCUACACGCCUGUAGAAUCGGCCGGCACUGAAGCCCAGAUCAAACAUUUAGCCAGACUGAUGGCCACACAGAUGACCUCGGCUGGUCUGGGACCAGGUUUGGAGCUGUGUAAGGCUCGGGAUGAGGAGGUAAAGGAGGAGGAAGGGCAGAGUGAGAUCAGCUCCAAAGACCCUCUCAUCAUCCGCAAGUACUCUGCGGUUUCCCUCGGUCAGGCCAUCUCAGUGUUGGGAGGAACAUACAAGAGCCCUGUCACUGAAGAGACACCUCAGAUAAAGAAACUUCCAGAGCCUAUACUGCCCACAACACAGCCGAAAGCUCCUGGUGCCAGUGGCAGAAAGAAGGUCUUCAAACUGGCAGAUGUGGUGCAGCCGUUCUCAGAAGUUCAGGUAGAGAAACUCAUCAACAUGUCCGUCAACCGAAUCCUCCAUUCAGAAAAGGCCAUCGCACUGAGCGGGAUGUCUCACAUUCGCAUGAAGCUGCUCGCUCGCUUGGUGACCCAGUUUGAGGGGGGGAUGAAAGACGACUUAAUGCAGUUUAUUUUGGAUGAUAUGCGGAGCAGAAGUGAACUGGCGUUUUCUCUGCUGUAUCACGAGUAUAACGAAUAUCUAAGUCAGCAGCCGUCUGGCUCUCUGGACAGCUAUGAGCAAUGUCUGUUCAGUCUUUUGUCUGGCCUGCAAGAGAAACCUGAGCAGAGAGACGGGCUUUUCACCAAGCUUGUGCUCGAGGCUCCAGUCAUUACCGACUCUGCGCUGGAGGUGAUUCAACGCUACUGUGAAGAUGAGUCACGUGUAUACCUGGGCAUAUCCACUUUGAAGGAGCUCAUUCUGAAACGGCCAUCCAGGCAGUUCCAGUACCUCAACGUACUUCUGAACCUCAGCUCUCACGAAAAAGAAAAGGUGCGAUCCACCGCCCUCGGCUUUAUCAAGCGCAUGUAUGAGAAAGAACAUCUGAAGGACUGUGUUGAGAAGUUCGCUCUCACAUACAUGCAGUUUCUGGUCCACCCGAAUCCACCCUCACUUCUGUUUGGAGCCGGAGAAGACACAGAGGUGGCGGCUUCUUGGACAGAAGAAACUGUGCGGCAGUGUCUCUAUCUGUAUCUCUCCCUGCUGCCUCUCAACCAUCGUCUGGUUCAUGAGCUGGCUGCUGUCUACACCGAGGCCAUCGCUGACAUCAAGCGGAGUGUGCUGAGGGUCAUUGAACAGCCUAUAAGAGGAAUGGGAAUGAGCUCUCCAGACCUGCUGCUCCUGGUGGAGAACUGUCCUAAAGGAGCAGAGACGCUGGUCACUCGCUGUCUGCACAUACUCACGGAUAAAGUGCCUCCAUCUCCUGAGUUAGUGGAAAGGGUAAGGGACCUUUAUCAUAAACGAGUCCCUGAUGUUCGUUUUCUCAUUCCGGUCAUCAACGGCCUGGAAAAGAAUGAGGUGAUCCAGGCUCUACCCAAGCUUAUCAAGCUCAAUCCCAUCGUGGUCAAAGAGGUGUUCAACCGACUGCUGGGCACUCAACACAGUGAAGGCAGUUCCUCCAUGUCUCCACUCUCUCCUGCUGAGCUCCUCAUCGCCUUACACAACAUUGACUCCUCCAAGUGUGAUAUGAAGUCAAUCAUCAAAGCCACUAACCUGUGCUUUGGAGAGAAGAAUGUGUACACAACAGAGGUUCUGGCGGUGGUGAUGCAGCAGUUAAUGGAGCAGACGCCUCUCCCCAUAUUGCUGAUGCGUACGGUCAUCCAGUCCCUCACCAUGUACCCUCGUCUAGCCGGUUUCGUCAUGAACAUCUUGGCCCGGCUCAUCCUCAAACAAGUGUGGAAAUAUCCAAAGGUGUGGGAGGGCUUUGUAAAAUGCUGCCAGCGAACCAAACCCCAGUCCUACAAUGUGCUCCUCCAGCUUCCUCCUUCACAACUGGCUAGUGUGUUUGAGCGUUGCCCGGAGAUGAGAGAGCCGCUCCUACAGCAUGUACACUCCUUUACCCCUCACCAACAAGCUCACAUUCCAUCCUCUAUAAUGGCUGUUCUGGAGGCCAACAUCAGGAAACAGGAGCCAGAACCAGAACCACAACAUCCAGAAAUAAUGGAGGAGAGACAGCAUGUCUCAGUACCAGUACCACAGGAAGAACCUCCAGCACCAGCACCUGUAGCUUUUACAGAACCAGAACCAGAGCCAGAACCGAUCCCAUCAAGGAGGGAAGUAGAUGAACCCAUGGAGCAGGAAGAGACAGCCCAUGCUGUUCUGGAGGUUACACCUGAACCAGCAUCACAGCAGAUGGAGGUAGCUGAAGAAGCAACGCAGUCUAGCUCUGUCACAGAAAAGACAGAAGAACCCAUGGAAGAGUCCAGUGCAAUGUCUGCUGAUGUGGCUGACCUACCCCAAGUUGUGUCUGAGGAUGCUGACACAGACCCAGGAACAAGCAAUGUGGAUUGAUAACAUCUCAAAUAAGACUGUAGAAUCUGACUGUGUUUAUGGCAGUUGAUGAAGCUUGUGUCUUAUUCCACACAGCUUUAUUUCACUGUACUAUUUUUCAACAAUCAAAUGUGAUAUUAGUAAUUGUUCAUUUGCUUCAAAUUUAUUAUUUUCGUGUUUUUUUUUUGACUUGUUAAAACUAAUUAGAAAAUAAAUUGAUUUGUAUGUGUGAGUUUUCAUUGAUAAAAU